AGCGUUACUAUGGCGACGGUUGCAACAUGAAAAUACAAACCUUACAUCGACUCUUUGAGGCUCUGACUCACAACACAAAUAACUUUUUGAAAUGUAAGGGCAUGGCUUGAAUCAGUGGUCAACAAACCGUUGCCAAAGGAUGACGGACUCUCGCUCGAUUGGGAAAACGGAUUCGAGUCUUUCGUCGGGAAUAAGUGAUGAGGAAGCCACAGCACGUGGCAGCAAGUCGAGAAGAAACAGCAAUACAAAGGAUUCAAAGAAAGUGAAUCCAAUAAAGUUCAACACCAACACCUCGUUGGACAGUAAUGGCGAAUCUGAAGACGAAGAAAUCAACAGACUCCAGAAAAUCAUUCAAGAUCAAGCCAAAGAACUCAAUGAAGAAAAACUGGCUUCGAGAAAGUUGAAACAGAUGGUGAAACUACUGAAAAGGGAGACCAAGCAACUGCAGGCGGACAAAGUAAAGAAACAGGGUGACCCGAAACAGUCCAACAAUUCCGACUCGGAUAAUCCGCCAUGGGAGCGUCGAAAACUGGAAACUCGGAUAGCCGAUUACGACAAAAUUGUUCGGGAAAAAAAUGUCCACAUCGAGCAGCUUCUUCGGGAUUGUCGCAAGAUGGAACAGGAGAAUCAGCAAUGCAACAAUGAAAUUCAGCAACUCACUCAACAGUUGAAUGAAUGCACCCAACAACUUCAAUGGGCUACUCACAAUUACGAGACCCUUGAAGAGACUUUUAAAGAGCGGAUGAGUCAACUAGAAAUUGAAAACGAUAAAACUCGGAUCCAACUGGGCGAGUGCCAGUGGCAAAAGGACAAAACGGAAGAGAAUUUAGACAAAAUAUCUGAAGCCGUAGAUCUCACCAUCAACAAAUGCAAAGAAAUUAUUGAAAGUAAAGAAAAGACGAUCGAUUCACUUCAGACCAAACUUGACAUUUACGAAUCAUCGGGCUUGUCGAGUAGAGAAAAGGAAGUGGAGCGUCUGAGAGCCGAGCUGGCCACUGCCUCGAAAGAGAUUGAAGAGAGCGCCAGGUUGAUGGAGCGAUUCCAGGGUUUGCAUUUGAGCGACGGCGCAAAAGCCAUCACUAGCAGUGUCAAAAGAAAACUCAAGGAACUCGAAACUUUGAAAGUCGCCCAAAAGGAGAACGACCGCCUACUCUCCGAACGCGAAGAACAGUUGGCCGAACUUAUCAGGACGGUACACCGUUACGAGUCAGGCACUUACGGUCUGGCUGAAGCCAACAAGGAACUAAAGGAAACCAGGGACCAGUUGCAAAUCCGGAACGACCAUAUUGAGAAGCUCAUCGAGCAGCUCAACACGAUAGAAGAGCGGAUAGAAGAUCUCGCCUUGGAAAACAGCGAUCUCAGGGAAAAGUACAACGUCGAUCCAAAAGUUUUUGAUUUGCCGUUAAAGAGGAUGACGUUGAACCAACAACGGGAUGCCUACCAGCAAGAGAUUCAGCAACUUAAAGAAGACAAUAUGCAAUUAGGAUUAGAGAACCGGAGUAUUAAACGAGCUCUGCUGAGAGGGGGUGAGCGUGAGAAACCUGACGUAGUUUCCGCUCCCGUUUCUCACCAGCCGAGUGAUAAACUCCUUCAGGAUUACCAAAAGGCCUGUUCGGAAGUGAUUGUCCUCAGGAAAGGAUUGAUUGAGAUUUUACAAUCCGUACGCCAACAUGAUGGCACAAGCGAUGUCAAAAUUGAAUCGCCCAUUCUGGAAAGGCUGGUGACGGUGUUGAAUUGCGAGCGACUUUUCGGCCAUUACGACGCUUACGCCGAUAUUAUGAAUGAAAACAGUCGACUCUACGGCGAGAACAAAUUGAUGAGAGAAAGGGUCCGAGAAAUGAAAACCGCCACUUUUAUAACGGUCGAACAUCCGCCGCCAGUUUGUUCGCCUCCGGUGCCUUCAAGUCGCCGCAGUAGCAGCUCCGACCAGACGUUGAAAAUGGACAAAAACAUUCAAGUUUCGGUCCAACUAGCCAAUUCGGGAUGUGAUCCUCACAUUGAAGAAGAAACUCGACCGCCCGUAGAAAUUCAUCGCCCUUCAACGCCACCCAAGAAAGAACCCGAGAUGGUCGCACCGCCGCAACGGGUAGCCGCAGAAAGUCAGUGCGAAUUGACUGGGCAAAUGGAGCAGUACCAGGUGAAACUCUGCGACCUUGAAUUGCAGCUGGGCAAAGUGAAACACGAGUUGCAUAACUUGACGGAGAAGCACGACGCGGCCGUCGUCGAUUGGCAGCGCCGUGAAGCCAACUGGAUCGAACAAGUCGCUACAAAUGGGACCAAAAUGGAAGAACUGCAACAGGAUCUACGAUCAAAAGAGAAAAUGAUUAAUGAUCUCCAAGCUGCGAAAGCAUCCGCAAGCGUCGAACAGACUACCAGCGAGCCAACGGAUGAAAUAAAAAUCCGAAUGGAAAAGGAACUGGUGACUCUCAGGAUUCGACUGGACCACAAAGAACAGACAUUGAAGCGAUCUCAACAGUUCCUGGACGAAGUUCGACUGGAACAGCUCAAAAUGAUCGAAGAACACAGUCAAGAGGUGUUGAAUCUUCAAGAUACUAUCCUGGAACAGCAAAGGGCUUUGCAUAGGGUUGAACAAACACAAAGGGAAUUUGCUGCUUCAGCCGCAUCUACUCGGGCUGUAGUGCGUCAUCUGGAGACGGAAGCCGAUUCUAGUCAUCAAUUGCACUCGCAAAUCUCUGAUUUAUCCAGUCAGCUGGAAACAGUGCGCAAGCAAGCUGCCCAGUGGAAACAGGCGUCUGAAAUCCUCAGCAAAGAGAAGCAAACAUUUAAAGAAAGUUUAGUGAUUGACCACAAACUUGUAGUCGAUCAACUGAAAUCUCAAUGGGAAUCGAGUCAAUUGGAAUUAAAAGAACAGCGCGAAAAAGUGACGGAUUUGACCCAUCAACUUAACGAGGAGCGCUUUGACAAACAGCGGAGUACACUGCUCCAAGUGUUGGUGGCCAAACUGAAGACGGAAUUGGACAAGAAAGAAAAGCAAAUGGAUUUUCUCAAGCAACUAGCCGAAGAGAUGCAUUCUAAACUGGAAAGCUCCGGUAAUCAUCCGCCAUUAGUCACCAGCACUCCUGUUCCGGCUCCCAUCUCAAUCCCUUUGCCCAGUCCUGCACUGAUCGAAUCCAGUCCUCCCAUGAAGGAAAUGCUGAUCGGUUCCAGUAGCAGUACGAUCAGUUUAGCCGACCUGGAAUUGCAGUACACUCAACUUCAAAAGACAUCCGAGGGCCAGCGGAAGCAAGUGGACUCGUUGCGGCGCCAAGUGAAAGACCAGACGUCUCUGGUGGAGAAACUUCAGACGGAGAAAGGCAAUCUUAGUCGACAGAUGGUGUCGCUACGCAAUCGGGUGACUCGAAUGUCGACCGAGAAGGCGGCCGCCCAAUCACCUCCGGACGAAGGAGUUUGCCGCUUACUGAGACGCAUCAAGGAGCUGGAAGGACAGUUGAACAUGUUCCACACGGCGGAGAAACCAGUGGCAAUGGAAGACCCGACGAACAUGAUGGUCAAGAAUUUGGCCAUGGAUCAGUGGAAGGAGCGCAAGAAACUUCAAACAGUCAUCGAUCAAUUGAAGAUGAAAUUAAAGGAAUUGCAGGAUCGGAUCCAGGAAGAUGAGCGACAAAAGGAAAACCUUCGCAAAACGGUGAACCGUUUAGUGAACGAGAAACGAGUCCUGGAGGAUAAAUUGAAAUUCAAAGCCAACGACAACGAGCGCAUCCAUCGACUGGUGGAGGAGAACACCCAAUGGCGGAUACGAUUCGAAGGAUUGGAGCAUCAGCUGAGGGAAAUAUCCGAAGAGGAAACCAACACGGACCGCCAUCGACUGCAGAUUUCCGUCCUGCAGGAGCGUUGCAGGAAACAGGAGCAGCAAAUUGUUGAAAUGCAGUUGAAUGCUCGUCCCAAGUCGCCGGCCAAUCAGGCGAGGAGCGAGGAAUUCAUGUCUAAAAUUAGUAACGUCAACAUGAAACUGCAGGAGAACCUGCAACGUCUAGUCAAUUUGGUUCAAAUUCCGAGACGGCCCAACGGAGAGAAACGCAUCAGCUUUCAGGAGGGACCUCCGAUGGCAGACAUCCGGCGAACCGUCAAAACUUUGCAGCAACUCGUCUGCCAAUUGAAUGAUGACGACGUAUCGUGAACCCUUCGCCGUCACACACACAACCACACACACACACUUUCUAUUUUACCUCCCCCACUGUCUGCCUUCCCUGCGUGUGUGUUUCUUUCUCUUCGCGGAAAUAACGAAAAUAUAUAAAUAUAUAUUUUUCAUUCUUUCUCUUCUUCUCGACAGCAUUUAUCGAUGAAAAUGUGUUACUCCCGUGUGAGUUGGUUAUAUAUUUUGUCUUUAUUUCUUUCUUUUUUUUUGUUCCAGCCACUUUUUCCACUCUACCCCCUUCCUUUUGUUGUUUCUUUUUAUGUUAUGUAAAGUCGGCUGGAGAAAGUAGGUCACAACACAUCACGCACGAGCUCAUCUUGAUGGUCGGCUCUUUUGGGGCCCGUUUUUCUUCUUCUUCUUUCCUUCUGUGCAUGCGAGCUCUGAUGGACAUCCGCCUUCCGGACGGAGAAACUUGCUUUUGUUCAAUCUCGAUUUCGUUUUCACCAAUGGAAUGGCCCAUGUCCAUGACGAACACCUAAGAAUUAUUUUGGUGAAAAAAACAAAAGAUUGUCUUGUGUCCUUGAAAUGUCGGAUGGAGACUUUUUUUUAAUCCAGCGAAAUUCAUCCGCAAAAGGGAGAUUCUGGACCUUGAAUUCCGUCCUUCACAUUUUCGUAACAUUCGACGUUGAAAUUCAUCCGAAUUUAGGAGAAACAGGAGCUUCUGGGAAACGGAACUCGGAACUCUUCAAUGGAAUUAGAAGAAAAACAAACUGGUAGGAACAGAAGAAUUGGAGAAAAUAAGUUUUUCAAGUUUUCCAAAGAAAAAAACCAGUCAGAUUCAAUCGGAAGAGAAACAAAAAAAAAAAAUAAAAAGCAAAACUUGCACCAGGAGGGAAGUUUUGCAACUUUCACUAGAUAAGUAGAUGGCGAUAAGGAGGGACGACUUACCUACCAAUUUUCAAUGGGCUUUUAAAAGAAGAAGAAGAAAAUGCCCCCUCUCCUUCAUGCGUGUGCUUGUAUUAUAGACUUCCUCUUAUUUCUUUUUUAACAAAACAACACGGGCGCCCCGCAGCGAACCGCCCCCAUUGGGAAAAAACAAGCCAGACUCCUCCCACUUUUCCCUUUCUCCGCGUGGCUAUAUAUAUUUCAGACACUUGCUGUCACUGGAAAUCAUUCAGACUUGAACCGAAGAGAAAGAAAAAGCUCCCCCCCAAACUAUUUGAACGAGUGCAAGUUUGUUUGUUUGUUUCUCAGUGAGAAUAAGAAUAACCAGUUUUAUUUUAACUGAUUGAAAUUCAUUCAUCCUCCACGAAUUCCGGAUGACCAUGGCUCUCAAGAUCGUCGUUUCCAUCUUCAUCCUCGCUCUUCCUUUCCUAACGGCCAGUAAUUCAGAUUCAGCUGACACUUGGAGAUGCGGAAUCUUUUUCGCUGGCAAUCCAGGCACUUCACCGCGAGCCAAAAUUUUCGUCCUGCCCAAGAAAUUUCCUGCCGACUGUAACGCACCGCGGGUCGAUACUUACAACGGCACUUGCUACGAAGUGAUGAGGAAGGGACUUAAAGAGUGGAAUUUCGAGAACCCAAGUCGCAUCCGCAAGCAGUCGGGCCACACCAUCGGAGACGAUUUGUGCGGACCCAUUCCGCGCGACAUCAAAGCCCCUGGUCUCGAGAUGGGUUUCUAUUUCGCGUACUGCGGUAGCGAUUGGAACGACACUGGACUCAGAAAACCCGAACGUCUCUGCUGUAGGCAAAGGAAACAUGUGCCUUGCUAAUUUUCUACCCCGUCACACUUUUAUCUCAUUCCUAUAUUUUUUUUGUUUACUUGCUCUUUUUUUAUCCCCCUCAACAUAUUUGCAAAUGUAAUAAUUUCACCCGCCGUGCGGCGCAUUCAAUUCUCGGAGAAAACGUAAUCGCUAAAUAAAUGUUUUUUUCUUUUUGUACACGGUCUUAACACACUAAACAACAUUUAUUUUAUGGAAUGCAAAAUUAUGCAAAUGUACAUGUAAAAGACAAAGAAGAAAAAGCGGAGCCAAAAACAACUAACGGACGUGUUUCACGCACAAAAAAAAAAUUAAAAAGAAAAAAAAGGACGAAAAAACAAAUAAAUCAUCAUUCUGCAUU